CCGUGGCGGCCGGCGUUCGAAAGCUGCGAGCACUCGCCCCAGCAGGACAACGGGCACGACUGCGGGGUGUACGUGAUGGCGGUCGCGGCGCGGCUGUGCGGGUGGCAGGCGGCAGCCCCCGCGCAGCUGCUGGGGCGGCUGCCAGAGCUGCCAAAGCUGGUGACGCCCGCAGCCGUGCACGCGCUGCGGGGGGAGGCGCUGCUGCUGGUGCGGGAGCUCGCUGCGAGGGAGGAGAAGGGUUUGUAG